UAGGGGGGUGGGUUUCUUUAUUUUCUUUUUUUUUUUAAGCGAGGAAAGAGACGCUUCUCCACGGCGAGGGAAGCAGGCUGUACAGGCAGGGCCGUGGUGGUGGAGGUGCCCCGGGGCUUGCGUUGAUACGGCUCGGCUAAGUGGAUGGGAUGGAGCCGGGAGCAUCUGGCGCUGUGCCCGUGGGGCUGUACCCCCCUCCCCUGCAGCAGGUGUUCCAGGCCCCCCGCAGGCCGGGCAUGGGCACCGUGGGGAAGCCCAUCAAGCUGCUGGCGAACUACUUCGAGGUGGAGAUCCCGAAGAUGGACGUCUAUCACUACGAGGUUGACAUCAAACCUGACAAGUGCCCUCGUCGGGUCAACAGGGAGGUUGUGGAGUACAUGGUGCAGCAUUUCAAACCGCAGCUUUUUGGUGACCGGAAACCAGUGUACGACGGCAAGAAGAACAUCUACACAGUCCUGGCUCUUCCUAUAGGGAGCGAAAAGGUGGACUUUGAGGUGACCAUCCCAGGUGAAGGGAAGGAUCGAAUCUUUAAGGUGUCCAUUCGCUGGCUGGCGAAGGUGUCGUGGCGGCUGCUUCAGGAGACGCUGGUCAGUGGUCGGCUUCAGGUCCCGAUGGACUCUGUUCAGGCUCUGGAUGUGGCCAUGAGACAUCUGGCCUCCAUGAGGUACACUCCAGUGGGUCGGUCCUUCUUCUCUCCCCCUGAAGGCUAUUACCAUCCUCUGGGAGGAGGGAGGGAGGUCUGGUUUGGCUUUCAUCAAUCCGUACGGCCCGCCAUGUGGAAGAUGAUGCUGAACAUUGAUGUAUCAGCCACGGCCUUCUACAAAGCCCAGCCUGUCAUUGAGUUCAUGUGCGAGGUUCUGGACAUCCGCAACAUCGACGAGCAGCCCAAGACUUUAACAGAUUCCCAAAGGGUCCGCUUCACCAAGGAGAUCAAAGGGCUGAAGGUGGAGGUGACGCACUGUGGUCAGAUGAAGAGAAAGUAUCGAGUGUGUAACGUAACACGUCGUCCUGCUAGUCACCAGACGUUUCCGCUGCAGCUCGAGAGUGGUCAAACAGUGGAAUGUACAGUGGCGCAAUAUUUUAAACAGAAGUACAACCUGCAGCUUAAAUACCCUCACCUGCCCUGCCUGCAGGUGGGCCAGGAGCAGAAACACACCUACCUGCCUCUAGAGGUGUGUAAUAUAGUAGCUGGGCAGAGAUGCAUAAAGAAACUGACUGAUAAUCAGACGUCCACCAUGAUCAAAGCCACAGCACGCUCGGCACCGGACAGGCAGGAAGAGAUCAGCAGACUGAUGAAGAACGCUAAUUUCAAUCUGGACCCCUACAUUCAAGAGUUUGGAAUCAAGGUGAGGGACGACAUGGCGGAGGUGACAGGCAGAGUCCUCCCAGCACCCAUCCUGCAGUACGGCGGCAGGAACCGGGCCAUAGCCACACCCAAUCAGGGUGUGUGGGACAUGCGAGGGAAGCAGUUCUACAACGGCAUUGAGAUCAAAGUGUGGGCCAUCGCCUGCUUCGCCCCUCAGAAACAAUGUCGAGAGGAAGUGCUCAAGAACUUCACUGACCAGCUGCGUAAGAUCUCUAAAGAUGCUGGGAUGCCCAUCCAGGGACAGCCGUGUUUCUGUAAGUACGCGCAGGGAGCAGACAGUGUGGAGCCCAUGUUCAGACACCUGAAGAACACCUACUCCGGCUUGCAGCUCAUCAUCGUCAUCCUGCCUGGAAAAACACCCGUCUACGCGGAGGUGAAGCGUGUAGGAGACACUCUUCUGGGCAUGGCCACUCAGUGUGUUCAGGUGAAGAACGUGGUGAAGACGUCUCCACAGACGCUCUCCAACCUCUGCCUCAAAAUCAACGUCAAACUUGGCGGCAUCAACAACAUCCUAGUGCCCCAUCAACGGUCUGCGGUGUUCCAGCAGCCCGUUAUCUUCCUUGGAGCAGAUGUCACUCAUCCACCAGCAGGAGAUGGCAAAAAGCCAUCAAUUACUGCAGUGGUGGGCAGUAUGGAUGCCCACCCCAGUCGGUACUGUGCCACGGUGCGGGUCCAGAGGCCCCGACAGGAAAUCAUCGAAGACCUUUCAUACAUGGUGCGAGAACUCCUCAUCCAGUUCUACAAGUCCACCCGCUUCAAGCCCACCAGAAUCAUCUUCUACAGGGACGGCGUUCCAGAAGGCCAGCUACCACAGAUCCUGCACUACGAGCUGCUGGCCAUCAGGGACGCCUGCAUUAAGUUGGAGAAGGACUACCAGCCCGGCAUCACCUACAUCGUGGUGCAGAAACGCCACCACACCCGCCUCUUCUGCGCCGACAAGUCCGAGAGGAUCGGGAAAAGUGGCAACAUUCCAGCAGGAACCACUGUUGACACCAGCAUCACACACCCCUUUGAGUUUGAUUUCUACCUGUGCAGUCAUGCAGGUAUUCAGGGCACCAGCCGACCCUCUCAUUACUACGUGCUGUGGGAUGACAAUCGCUUUACUGCAGACGAGCUCCAAAUUCUCACCUACCAGCUGUGCCACACGUAUGUUCGCUGCACACGCUCCGUGUCCAUCCCAGCACCCGCCUACUACGCUCGGUUAGUGGCCUUCCGUGCCCGCUACCACUUGGUGGACAAAGAGCACGACAGUGGGGAGGGCAGUCAUGUUUCUGGUCAGAGUAACGGUCGGGACCCCCAGGCUCUGGCCAAAGCUGUGCAGAUUCACCACGACACCCUGAGGACCAUGUACUUCGCCUGAUGGAUCUUCACUACACCCCCUGACGGCCUGC